UCGAGGGUGCGAGGGUCGCGCCGCCUCCCCAGCGGGAUCAGUCUGCUCACAGCCGCCGGCAGAGCUCUCAAUCCCGUCGCUGUAAAGCUCCCAGGAGACACACAAAGCCAAGCACAAGGAUUAGUUUAGGUCACUGGCAGAUGGGCAUCGGUGUCAUUAACUAGCCGCAGGAUGGAGACCACAGCCUGGAACUCUCAGAAGGCGCUGUCGGCAUGCAAGGACGGAGAGGAUUGUCAGGAAAAUGGCGUUCUACAGAAGGGUGUCCCCACCCCUGGCGACAGAGCAGAGUCUAGUCAAAUGUCCAGUGGGUACUCAGCAGUUCCCAACCCUCGCAUAGGAGAUGACACUAGGCACUCUAUUCCGGCUGCCACCACCACCCUAGUGGCCGAGAUUCACCAAGGAGAACGGGAGACCUGGAGCAAGAAGAUGGAUUUCCUACUCUCAGUCAUUGGCUACGCGGUGGACCUGGGCAACGUCUGGCGCUUUCCCUACAUCUGUUACCAGAAUGGAGGAGGGGCAUUCCUCCUCCCCUACGCCAUCAUGGCCAUUUUCGGGGGGAUCCCGCUUUUUUACAUGGAGCUUGCGCUGGGCCAGUACCACAGAAACGGAUGCAUUUCCAUCUGGAGGAAAAUCUGCCCAAUUUUCAAAGGGAUUGGCUUUGCCAUCUGCGUCAUUGCCUUUUACAUUGCUUCCUACUACAAUACCAUCAUGGCCUGGGCGCUCUACUACCUCAUCUCCUCCUUCACGGACCAGCUCCCCUGGACCAGCUGCAAGAACCCCUGGAACACUGGUAACUGCACCAACUACUUCUCCGAGGACAACAUCACCUGGACACUCCACUCCACGUCCCCUGCUGAAGAAUUUUAUACGCGCCACGUCCUACAGAUCCACCGGUCCGAGGGUCUCCAGGACCUGGGGGGCAUCAGCUGGCAGCUUGCUCUCUGCAUCGUGCUCAUCUUUACCAUCAUCUAUUUCAGCAUCUGGAAAGGCGUCAAAUCGUCUGGCAAGGUCGUGUGGGUGACAGCCACCUUCCCUUACAUUGUCCUUUCCAUCCUGCUGGUGAGGGGGGCCACCCUCCCUGGAGCCUGGAGGGGUGUUGUCUUUUACUUGAAACCCAACUGGCAAAAACUCCUAGAGACAGGGGUGUGGGUGGACGCAGCAGCUCAGAUCUUCUUCUCUCUUGGUCCGGGCUUUGGGGUCCUCCUGGCAUUUGCUAGCUACAACAAGUUCAACAACAACUGCUACCAAGACGCACUGGUGACCAGUAUGGUGAACUGCAUGACAAGCUUUGUGUCGGGAUUUGUCAUCUUCACGGUGCUUGGUUACAUGGCUGAGAUGAGGAACGAAGAUGUGUCUGAGGUGGCCAAAGAUGCAGGCCCCAGCCUCCUCUUCAUUACAUAUGCAGAGGCCAUAGCCAACAUGCCAGCAUCCACCUUCUUCGCCAUCAUCUUCUUCCUCAUGCUGAUCACACUGGGCUUGGAUAGCACGUUUGCAGGCUUGGAGGGGGUGAUCACGGCUUUGCUGGAUGAGUUUCCGCACAUCUGGGCCAAGCGCCGGGAGUGGUUUGUGCUCAUUGUAGUCAUAACUUGCUUCUUUGGAUCCCUGACCACCCUGACUUUUGGAGGGGCCUAUGUGGUGAAGCUGCUGGAGGAGUAUGCCACCGGGCCUGCGGUACUCACAGUGGCACUUAUAGAAGCAGUUGCUGUGUCCUGGUUCUAUGGCAUCACUCAGUUCUGCAGUGACGUGAAGGAGAUGCUUGGCUUCACCCCUGGAUGGUUCUGGAGGAUCUGCUGGGUAGCCAUCAGCCCUGUGUUUCUUCUGUUCAUCAUUUGCAGUUUUUUGAUGAGCCCACCCCAGCUGCGACUUUUCCAGUAUAAUUAUCCCCACUGGAGUGUCAUCCUGGGUUACUGCAUAGGAACUUCGUCCAUCAUCUGCGUCCCCAUGUACAUCACUUACCGGCUGAUCAUCACUCCAGGGACGUUUAAGGAGCGCAUUAUUAAAAGCAUCACUCCAGAAACACCCACAGAAAUUCCCUGUGGUGACAUCCUCUUGAACGCUGUGUAACACUCCAGUGCAAGGCAAAGACUUCCCGGCCGCCGCCUCCAGCUCUGGAGUGUCCGAUCUCGCCCUCUCCCUUCUAAGUGAACCAGUUUCCAGCCACACCUGAUGACAGAAAGGCCUUCUUCAUGGAGACACAGUCCUAAAAGACUAUGGUGCCCAGACUCUUAUGGCCUCUGGCCACUUCUUUCCAAGAAAUCUCCUGGCCAUAUUGCCAUCCCAGACGAUGACACAGCUGAGCUGGCCCACCUUGGAUGUGUGAGGGUGUACAUGGAGGUGAUGAAAACCACCCGAUCAGUUAGAAUUAGCUUUAGAAUCAAGUCUGAAAAUCUCCUGUGUCAUUUUUUGGUAUGAUUCUGUUAUUUGACAUCCGUUUGCUUCUAAAGGCUUCGCUGUUCACGAAUACAUAAACCAUUUAGGAGAAAACAGGGAUGCUGUCUUGCUAGCCAUAUAUUUUCUGAGUAGCAUAAACUUCUAUAGCUGGAAUCUACUAGAAUCUUCUAGCCUCUGUGCUGUGGAAUCAGGAAAGGAAGAUUGUAAGAAACUAA